AUGGUUAAUGCGAAAGUAGAAGUUGUAGUUAAUGUAGAAGUCGGAGUUGUAAUUCACGUUAUAGAUUUGAACAGUCUAGCUGAAAUUUCAGAGGAAAAGGAUCUGUUGCGGCAACUGCAAGCACCACCCACUGGCAGCAUUAAUAAUGUUAUUGCACCUCAGCCUCAGGCAAUACGACCGGUUGGCUCCAGUAUAAGCGUUGGCUCAAUCAAUGAAGACCCAAACCCAAGUUUGACCCCCGUGGUUCAGAAGAAACCGAAGGAAGUUGAGGAGGAGGUGGAGUCGGAGGCCUUGCUAGCAGUCAUAUCAUACUCGAACAACAAAGUUAGAAUGGCGAAUUCGGCGUACAAGGAGAUGGAGGGACAGCCGGAGUGUUCGUGGGUUGAUUCGAUGGUUGCCAGCUCGAGCAAAAGGAUCAGUGGGGAGGUGAUGCUUCAUCUAUCUGACUCGAGCGUACCGGUUUUAUCAUCUAAUGGGUUUUCCUGUUGGGUGAGGAUAGAAUGGGGAAGUGAGGGGAAGCAAAGCUCAAUAAAUGCUUUAUGUGAUGUGAUUAGGCUAUCCUGCGAGUCCAAGAACUACCUCUUCACAUGGAGGUUCCACACCCAUACCAGAGAGGCUUCUCAGUCCAGUUGUAACAUGUGA